ACAAUUUAGAUUCUCCAUCGUUGAGGCCCAUUGAUGGAUGUAUAAAGGGCACCCUAAGCUCACAAACCUAAUCCAAGCCAACAGCGACUGAUACUUACACAUUCUACCUCAUCUCUCCUCUUUCUCCUAGUGAAGGGUUUUGAUUUGAGAAGAUGAACAGGAAACCUGGAGAUUGGACCUGCAGGUCCUGCCAGCACCUCAACUUCAGCCGGCGUGAUUCCUGUCAGCGCUGCGGCGACCAGCGGCCGACCGGCAGCGACCGCUCCGACUACUUCAGCUUCGGCGGCGGCCGCGGAGGCUCGUCGUUCGGCUUCAUCGGCUCCGACGUCCGCCCCGGAGACUGGUACUGCUCCUGCGGCGCCCACAACUUCGCCAGCCGCUCCAGCUGCUUCAAGUGCGCAUCCCUGAAGGAGGACUCCGCUGUCACCGGCGGCGGCGGCAGCUUCGACAGCGACACGCCGCGGUCCCGGGGUUACAGCUUCGGCGGAAGCGGCGGCGGCGGAGGCGUCCGUGCAGGAUGGAAGUCCGGAGAUUGGAUUUGCAACAGGUCGGGCUGCAACGAACACAACUUCGCGAGCAGAAUGGAGUGCUUCCGCUGCAAUGCGCCGAGGGAUUCCGGCACCGAAGUCUGAGAAGAAUCAAGGCGGAACGAACGAAUUAUGAACGAACGAAUCAAUGCAUGAGAGCUUAUGGUUUCUAGUUUUGUUUUGCUUCUUUGGUUUUGAUGUUCAUGCAUGUACUACCGAACUAGUUAGUGUGUUUGCUGCACCUUAAUUUUCUGCUUCAUUUAGUAUCUUCUUUUUUAGUUUCUUGUGAUCGAUGCAUUAGAUAAUGAAAUUGACGUCUGCUCUGUUGUUGGCCAAAGUUGACGUGCCAAAACUCAUAAUGCAAGUGUAUCGAUCUUUGUUCGGCCUUUUGCUUUUAAAGCAUGUUUCUUUAAUCAAGAUUACUCCUGCACUAAAGGAUGUGAUAUUUCAUGUGAUGAAAGAAAA